AUGCAAAAAAGACUAAGAGGAGGGGGUUUGGUCAGUGCUACAGUGAAUGGUCUUCUGCUGGUGACCCUGGCCGGCACUGGAGCCAGUACCAAGAAGACAAAAAACAAACAAACGGAUAUUUCAGCUCCAUGGAUCCACAAAGACCAUUACAACAGCCCUACAUAUUUGAAAGUGCCCAAUACACCUUUUCUUUCCCGAUUUACUUGUGCUCAACUUCCGGAAAUCUUGUUUACUUUCUGUCACGUUUGGACAAGGCAGACUGCGAUAAUUUUACCUGCGAUACAUCUCUCAUUGAAUUCUUCCAUCAUGGGGCGAGCAUACUGGAAGGACCUUCCUGAUGACCCAGAGAAACAUCCGCAAUUUAUUAGAAAGAUCAUCCAGCAGAGCGAUAGCAAUCUAGUCAAAGAUAUACGCCAACAUGAGUAUCAACGCAACUUGUCGUUUAGGUCAGAUGACUAUCCAACGAGUGUGAAGAUCCAUGAGCUCAGAAGCAAGAUCGCUGCGGCUAUCCAGCAGCGAGGCGAUAUCGCUCAUAACCCAUGUGGUCAUUGCGAGCAAGGAAUUGGUCCGUUUGUAGGCUGCAUCCAUAUUCAAGGGAUGCAGCAUGGACGGUGCGGUAACUGUAUAUAUGAAGGAGAAGCGUGUACUAAUGCAGAUGAUGGCAAAAAAGAACUUGCCGCAUUAAACAUGAACUCUUCCAGGACAGGAACAGGGCCUGUGUCUGGCGCAAGUCAUCGUCCCAGCCCGAGUUCUACGGUUCUUGAGGAGCACGCUUCUGGGCAAGCGGAAGAACAAGCCAGCGGGACAGACAAUGCAGACUCUUAUCUUGUUCUUGGAAAUCUGGUGCUUCCACGCCCCCCUCAAGAGCUCAAGAAUCGAGCAGAGAAAUGGGAACCGCAUCUUGCAAAGCUAAACGCUCGGAAUAUGGAAGACUUGCGAGACCUUCCGAUCAGAGAUUUAGACAAGUCAUUCCUGGAAUUCCAAGCUCGGGAGUCAGAUAUAUUUCAGUCUGUAUUCCCAAAACCGCCGUCACCAGAGCUCCUAGUAAAGCCAUCAGGCUCAUUGGCAUCUCCACUGGCUCAUCGGUUGCAUCAACCCUCUUUCACGACAGAUUGUCGUGACAAUGCAGAAACGGCAGAUCCUUCUAAUGGGUGUUUAGCCAUGGUCAUGGGGAAUGUGUAUACUCCGGAUACGUUGGUAUUUGAUCACAUUCAUCGACGAGAUGCCCAGUCGGAGGGCAUUCAACAAUAUCCGCCAAGGCUGCUUAGCAGCCAUGAAGAUUUUACAAGGGACAUUGCUCAAUCAAUGACUGCCAAAGUGGAGAUCCUUUACGGAAAAAAGCUGCAGCAAAGAGUGCUACAGACUCAAGGUUUUGAGAUCCUGCCUUUGUGGGGAGAGUUUGAAGGCGUAGUCCUCUUGCUCGCCCUCGAGUCCAGUUAUGGUAAUGCAGACCCUCGAUACCGCUUUCGGCGUAUCAUGCUAGUUGCAAGCCAUCCUCAGCACAUGUUCUACCAAUCUCGAGGCAACGCUACUGCAUUGAGACAAGACAAAGUCAUGGAGGCUGCCGCCCUGAUGGUUUGUAGUGCUGUCCCCUGGGUAGCCAGGUAUUUUUCAGAUAAGCUUUGGAUGAGUUGUGUUCCGUCUCAUCUACAACUAAAAGAGAUUCGGCUAUUUGGAAAGAUCUUGGGAAAGGAAGACCGAAUACCGACAGUUCUUCAAAUUGAUGAAGACGAGGCUGGACAACUGGACAAACCGGCGGAAUGGGGUGCUUGGGGUGCUUACUUUGAUGCCCAGCCGCACAGUAACAGCAAGUUGAUGGGCUUGAUACCGCCAGCUUUGGAAGCUUUGCGCAAAUCGGACUCCUCGAAUACCUGGAACGAGCUCACAGAUUUACCUGAGCCUGUCCUGGAAUGGAUUAGGGGACAGAAGCACGCUUUGUUCCCAGAUGUCCCCUUAUCCAACCUUUCAGAAAUGAUAAGCGCAUUGGAGGAAUUUCUUGAACAACCAAUCCCCAAAUCUGUCUCUGAGCCGGUAAAAUGGAUCCUGAUAAAGGUACUGAGAUUCCAGAAACAAUUCUUGGAGGCCUCUCCGGGUCGAGGCCCAGAAUAUUUAUACAGCACGUUUGGCAAGCCCACCAUUGAGCUCAAAUGCAAUCAAUGCAAUCAACUCUUGGCCAUUGAAAAUAAUCCGCUGUGGCUAGUCUAUCGACCUGGCACCCUUUCGUGUACCACAAUACGAUGCCCUUCCGAGAGUUGCAAAAAGAAAACUCGCACCGCCAUCCCUGUAGAUGGAAGCAUCCCUUCUUCUAGAUCGAUGCCGACAAAGCAAAGCCCGGCUCCGGCCGCACAGUCUAAAACCAGUCCAUAUGAAGAUUAUAUCUUUCAGGAAGGCGCCGAAGAGUACAAGUUGCCUACCAAAGUGAUAUGCCGAUGUAUAUUAUGUGGAAUAGACGAGCACAUCGACGACAAACCGAGAUGGACAAUAGGCUCUCACUUUUACCUUGAGCGGAGGUUAAACUGCAAAAACAAAGACUGCCCCGCGCGAGGAGGGCGAUUUAUUCCAAUAGAAGACAUCGAUUCUAUUGCGGAGGAUAAUAUCAGAAGUUUAAAUGAUCGCUGUAAAGGGUUGAGUCUCGAAACGCGCUUAGCAUUGAUGGCUGAAUUGAAGCCAGGCUCACGAGAGGCAAGGAAAUCGAGGAACUGA